GCACCUGCCGUCAGGUGCCCAACCGCGAGCGCGCCGCGCGGGCCGGGGCUUUUCUUUCUCGGGCCCGGGAGCGCGCCCCCGCCCCCCGCCCGCCCCUUGUCCGAGCCGGAGGCGGUGCCCCCCGCCUCCACCCCGGGCGGGCGGCCUAGGGAGCCCGGACGUUCCUGCGGGCCCGGCGCCCCUGCCCUGCCCUGCCCUCCCCACCUGCUUCGCCUUUAGCCCGCGGAGGUCCGCUGCGAGGCGGGAAGGCGGGGGCGAAAAUACACGGCCACGUGCAGGGGAGCGCGUGGUCGCGCAGGGCCCACCCGGCCGCGUCCACCUGGGUGCUUCCGCCGGCUCGGCCGGUGCUGCCCUGCCCGGCGGUGGCUUCCACCCGCGCUCCGGGGGAGGGGGCGGGAGGGCAAGGAGAAGGGGACUCAUGACCGAUGUCACGUUCUGAGCAGCUGACCUGCCAGGGGUGCCCCGGAGGGAGGCCCUGAUGUGGAAGCUUUGGGUGGGGAGGGGGACAGGGCGAACGUGUCCCUUCUCCCGAGCCCCGUGGUUCUCAGUUUUCUCAUCGGUGAGUGGGGGGCUCCACCUCCUCUAAGUCGGACCGCGGCUUCCUCUGUGAUCCUGCCGCGUUCGGGACACAGUGUGCCAGGGUGCCGGCUUCCGCACACCUUUCCGGGAGCCUGGGGAGGGUACAGGAAACGUGUCUCUCUCCACCUAGGUCUCCCUUAGGUAAAAGAAACCGCUCUGCCUGCUGUCUCUGAUCGUACUGCUCCUCGCCACGUGUUGUGGCGUCUUUUGACAAAGACUCCACAUUGGUGGAGUUGGUGUUUGGGGCCGCUGGAAGUUCCUGCUCUCCGAGCUGUGUUAAUGAUUAUGCUGCUGUUUACCUGUCGCGCCGCUCUCGUGGCGGGGGCAGAAGUGCUCCCCUGCCAAAUGAAUUGUCAGUGUGGAAGAUCCGGCCACCUUCCCUCACCAGGUGCCGGCCGGGAAGCUCCCUGGUCUCGAACACCCACGCCCCACACAGCAGAUAGAGUCAGUGGGUUCCCGCAAGCGUGGCUUGGGUGUCCCUUCUCCCUGCCCCUUCUCCCUUAUUGGCCUCGGUGAGGAUUUGCCCUUACAGCCCUCACUGCACAGGUAUCUUGAUAAAGCGCAGCCGUGUGCCCGGCCGUCUCAGAUCUGCCGCCUUCUGGGGCUGGGCUCUUUAAAGAGCGUCCGUCUAAGCAGGUGGGAGGGGUCCGGAAGCUGACGGUGGGCUGUGCAGAUCCAGUUUCCAAGCCCUUCUGUUUGGGUGACUGUGCCCAGGUUAUGACGACUAAUCCCAAACCAAACAAGGCAUUAAAGGUCAAGAAGGAGGCGGGCGAGAACGCCCCGGUGCUCAGCGAUGACGAGCUGGUGUCCAUGUCGGUGCGGGAGCUGAACCAGCACCUGCGGGGCCUCACCAAGGAGGAGGUGGCCCGCCUGAAGCAGCGCCGGCGCACGCUCAAGAACCGCGGCUACGCGGCCAGCUGCCGCAUCAAGCGCGUGACGCAGAAGGAGGAGCUGGAGCGGCAGCGGGUGGAGCUGCAGCAGGAGGUGGAGAAGCUGGCGCGGGAGAACAGCAGCAUGCGGCUGGAGCUCGACGCGCUGCGCUCCAAGUACGAGGCCCUGCAGACCUUCGCCCGCACCGUGGCCCGCGGGCCCGUCGCCCCCACCAAGGUGGCCACCACCAGCGUCAUCACCAUCGUCAAGUCCGCCGACGUCUCCUCCGCCUCCGUGCCCUUCUCGGCCGCCUCCUAGUGGCCCGCCGCCGGGAGGGGGGGCGGGCGGGGGGCGCCCCCCCCCCCCGGGUGCCCGCCGGAGGGUCCGCGUGGCGCGGACCCCUUAACGCCCCAGUCGAAGCGCAGACUCCCGGCGGGGACGAGGCCGAGGGUGCGGCCGCAGAUGGGGUCUGGCGAGCCCGCGGGCCGCACGCCUUCCCGCACGCACGCGCACGCACGCGCACGCACACAGCCGGCCCUCCCCCGGGCCCCGCCGGCUCUCCCCAGAAGGUCUCCGGGGGCGCGUGUCUUGCGCCGGGGGGCGUCGGGGCGUAUGGAGGGAAGGUCCUCAGAAGGUCGCCGCCGGCCUUGUGGCCCGGAUGGCAGGGGCUCUGUCUGCCACCCCUCCCGAGAGUGGCCUGUCGUGGUCCAGCGGCCGGUGCGGGCACCCCCUCCCUGCCCUGACUGAGCUCUGGGUGCCUGGGGAGGAGCCGUUGGUCCCCGGUGACGGACAGCACCCUGACCCUGCUUCAGCCCCACCAGAGGCCGGCGCCCCCGCGAGGCAGAGGGAGGGGGGGCUGCUCUAGGACUGCGCGCGCCUGGGGGCGUGCCUGCCGUGACACCCGCGUGCCGGCGGCGCGGGGCCUCGGAGGAGCGGGUUGGUCCGGGUGGUCCCUUGGGGGCCUCCGGGGUACACGUGCAGAGUUGCACGAGGACUCGGGAAUUUCCCCUCUGUUGGACCGACCCCGGGGAGGUCCGCUGCGGGGAGCUGGCCGGGAGCCCUACGCAGGGAGGGCCGGCAGGGUCCGGGGCGGAAGCGGAGCUAUCCCUGCCGAGCAGGUGGGAAGUCGGCGCGGCCUCGGGAGUGGGUUGUGGUCCCGCUGCCAGAGUGACCGGUGGAGUCCGAGGGUGAGGAGGGUGUGAUGGCCAAGGAGGUGACGCUAGGCACCGGGCCAGGACCAGCCUUCUGGGGGCACCUGGGUGGUCUGUCGGUGCAGAGGACAAGGGGACGCGGCCACCUUGGUGCUUAUUCCUCGCCUGAAACUUUUACCUGUUCUUUCUUUCUGACACUUGGAGCCCCUGAUGACCUCGGUGACCUUUGCUGGGGCUCCCGGCUUCCUCUUGGCCUGUCCCCCCGCCACCUAGGGAGACCCCCAGCGAGCUGCAAGGCCCCUGUGCAGGAAGAGGCAGACUGGGCGGGACAGACGCCCGGAGAGCUCCCUACGGAAGACGUCUGGGUCUCUCCGGCAGCACUGCCGUGCGGCCUUGGCCUUGGCCUUGGCCUUGUCCUGGGGGAAGGUGAGGGGUCUGGGGCGUGCUGGAUCCUUACGGAGCAAAAGGCCCAGCGUGUAAAAAAAAAAUUAAAAAAAAAAAAAGCUGUCGAUACCAUAGCCAUGGUAGGUAAUCCACAUUGGAUAUCAAUAAGGACCACGGGGAAAUAUUUAAAAGAGAGAAAAGUAUAUAUAUAUAUAAAAUUAUAUACACAUUUUAUCGUACAGAUUUUUCGUAACUUUUUUCCUGUUUUUACUGUAAAUCCCUAAUCGAGCAGAGCUGCGGUUGGAGUAGGGGGGGUGGGGGCCGGGGGCUGUCGCCGCUGCCCGCUGCCCUCGGGAGUGCUGGCGCCCUGCAUGCCCCCUCCCCCCCCCCCCCCCCCGCCCCUGUCCAGAGGGGGCUUCUGUCACCGCCCGGGGCACCUCGCCAUGCCUGCCCGCUCCUGGGGACCAGGGGCCAGGGAAGGAAGACCGGAGCAUUCUCUCAUGCCUUUCCUCUCAGCUCGUUGAGAUUUCAUUGUCCCCGUUUUAAUAUAUGGAUUUGUUUUAUUUAAAAGGCAAGGAUCUCUGUCCCUUGGGUUUGUUUUCCUGAUUCUUGUGCUUCAGACUCGGGGUCCUUCCCAAGGGAGGCAGACUCUGUCCCCCCGGGGGGCAAGGCCUCCCAUUUCCUGGCCUUGGUCAUUCAGCUGUUCCAUUUCAAUAUUUAUUUUUGUGCUGCUUUUAUCGUGGUAUAAAUUAUUGAGAAGAGACCCCACGUCGUGGUCCUUGUCCGUAUGACGUGUGCCCCGCGCCUGCCCUGUCCCCUCACGGCCACCACCUAAUUUAUUGCUGUACAUCUCUGCUGUGACGCUUUUGUACCUUUGCAAUAAAGAGUUUUCUGGUUUCA